CCAUAAUGGCGUACCAUUGGAUUCGCGUGACUUGCCAUUUGCCAGGCUCUGCCGCAGCUCUUCACUUAAUCCUCGACCGGCAUACCGGUAGUUGACUGCCCGUACUCAAUACUUGAACUAAAACUUAAAAUGGCUUUAUUUUAAUCCUCCAAAAUGGAUCAACCGGGUCCAUCUUCCUCCAACAACCAAGAUCCGCGCUUCGAUUUCAUUGGAUCGUACGUAGUCAAAUCCUUGAAAUUGAAACCCGAGAAAUGGAUGCGGGUAUUGAGUAUAGAGGAACACAGGAGCACACUGAAAGAGUUCGUGGACAAACCUUAUCCCAUUUUAUUGGUGGUAGUCUUGACACAUGCAGCUCAGCUGGUCCCAGUUGUGUCUUUUCCUUGCUACUUGAAGAAUAAAGCUGUUUAUUUCGUUAAAAAGAAACCGGACGUGAUUCCUAAAGAGGGAUGCGCGGAGAUCUUAAUUUUCGGUGACCUCGCACCGAGAUUGAUAGACGAGCUGGCAUCUUUAGUAGAUGAAGUGUUUGUUCCACUUCUAUCAAAUCCACUGAACCAUGAAGGAUGGCCCCUCGUCGUCUCUCAAGACAUCCUCAAGCAAAUACACAAUCUUAAAAGCACUGUUUAUGAGGUUAAAGGCAAGGUGAAUGGUCAGACAGUAUUGCCAAUGCCAGUUGGAGUUGAACUGGUACACGAAGCUGAGAAAGGCCUUUUACGAGGCGAGGAAGUGGACUUAUACUUGAAGAGUGCCAUUGAAGGAGUGGUUAUUAAAUGGGCCCAGCAGAUCAACGAUGUCAUGAUGGAAGAUUCAGCUUCAGCAUUUGAAAAUGGACAAAACCCCCUGCCGAGUGUCGAACUCGCCUUCUGGAGGUCACGUCUGAGUAAUUUAAACUACAUUUACGAUCAGCUGCGCUCGGAUAGAGUUCGGUGCAUGGCUGUUAUAUUAGAGAAAACUACCUCCGCUUACUACCCUUGCUUUAGUCGGUUAUUCAAAAAUAUUGUAUCAGCAUUAGCUGAAGCGCGCGAAAUCGAUUUAUAUCUAAGGACCUUAGAGAAACAUUUUCAGGGACUGGAAGACACAGAUUUCACUGAGGUUCAGCCUUUGUUUCGUCCUCUCUUCCAUGUAAUAUGUCUAGUGUGGCGCGAUUCAAAGUAUUACUGCAGCUCAUCAAAGCUCAUGGUUUUGGUCAAGCAGAUCUGUAAUUUACUUAUAUACCAGGCCAAGAAAUGUCUAGAUCCAAGCACCUUAUUUCACAGUGAUAUAGAUGAAGCAAGACAACGUAUCCAGUUGACUAUUGAUAUCUUAAAAAAAUUUCGUACCACAUUCGACUAUUUUAAAGAAAAUUUACCCAAAUAUUUUGUUGAUCGCACGGUCAUACCUUGGACAUUUCAUCCCAAUGUGGUUUUCGAAAGAAUGAAUAAAUUUUUGGAGAGAUUGAAUACAAUUCAAUGGUUUUUUAAAACAGUGUUAGAGUUUCAAAAAUUGGAAAAGAUUGAAAUUGGUGGUAUGAAAGGGCGUGUUUUGGGAGGUCAAAUAAGAGACAUUUCAGCUGAAUUCGAUGCAUACUUUCAUAGUUUUGCCUCUAAAUCUUAUGAUGUCUUGGACCCUGACGAUGAAACUUUUAACGAUGACUUCAAAGCAUUUCAAGAGAACAUAAUCGAUUUGGACUUAAAACUGUCUACGGUUUUAGUUGAGUCUUUCGACAACUGUUCAACAUUGGAAGGAAUAUUUAAGCUAGUCGAUAUUGUAGGAUCAGUGCUAGAUCGCCCACUCAUUAAAAAUGAAUUUACAGCCAAAUAUGUUGAAAUCAUUACAAUGCUACAAGAAGAAUUAACUAUUUGUGAAGAACUUUUUGAAGAACAGUGUACUCGUCAAAAGAAAUAUGGACACAUGGAAGUUGACGCCUUCUUCCCCCCUAUUGCAGGAGGACUUUUGUACAUGACUACAUUAGCUGCUAGGAUAACUAAACCAAUAUCUUGCUUUAGAAAUUUACAGCAUCCGAUCAAAGAUGGUGAGGAGGCAAAGAAAUUAUUCAGCAGAUAUGAAAAACUCAUAAAUGACAUAAAUGAGUUUAAGAAGAAAUAUUUUAAUGAUUGGGCUGUUACAAUUCCAAAGAUCAUCGAGAAAAAAACUAACAACACUAUCCUAGCUCGACAAGGUUCAGAUCUUGUAUUGAACUUUAGUCCAGAGCUCCUGGAACUAAUGAAAGAGGUCCAUCAUCUAAGAAAUAAUCCUGAAAUAAAAGAUUCAUUGCCUGCUGAAAGCUAUGAAUUAUUUAAUAAACAAGAAACAUUCCGGCAAUACCGAAUUAAUCUAACCAUCACCAUUGAUUGGUAUAAUCAAAUACGGAAAAAUAGUCAAAAGGUUGAAUUUGAUCUGGUUGAAGAUGAAAUAAAAGCGAUUGAUCAAAGAAUUGAAAUGGGACAAAAUGAGCUGAAUUGGAAUUCAGAAGAUCUUUGGAAUUAUUUGCAAGAGAUGUAUAAAUUGGUCGGCAACUUGUAUGAGCGUAUGUCAAGAAUACAGGAUAACUUGAAAGAGAUAAAGGAAAUAAUAAAACCUUGGACGUCACAGCCAUUAUUUGAAAGGAAAGAGGGGCAAAAGGACACAUUGCUUAAUUUAGAUGAUUGGCAAGAACGGACAAACAAACGGUAUAGUGAAAUUAAAGAAACAGCUGAUCGAAUUAUGGUGCUUCUAAAUGAAAAUAUGGAAUUGUUUAACAUGCAGAAUAAUCAAGAUAGCGAUAUUUGGUUAUCUUAUGUGGCUUUUAUAGAUAGUUUGAUUGAAGAAACUUUGUUUAAGUCAAUAGCUUGCAGCUUAGGUUACAUUUCUGAACAUAUGAAUCCUAAAAAUAAACUUGCGCCUUUGUUUCAAGCGCAAUUAGAGCUUUUGGAACCUGAUAUGGUUUUCUGUCCUAGUUUGGAUCCUAACGAGGAAAAAGGAUUUACAGCUAUGAUAAAUAACUUAAUUAAUGAUAUAAACAAAAUGUCAUCAUUUGUAAAGAGAAUUGACCCAAAGAAAGAAGAAUCGUACGAAGAUCAAAUUAUAAGCCACGGCGACAUCAUGGAGAUGAAGGAUGAAAUUCUUAAUGGGAUUGAAAAAGUUAUAGAAGAAGCAAAUGAUUUUUGUAAAACGUUCGAAACCUAUUCUUAUUUAUGGCUUGAGGAGCGAGAUGCUAUCAUGGAAAUUUUUCUUACAUACGGGAGAAUACUGACUCCUGAUGAAAUAGAUCUCAUUGGGUCGGAAGAUAAAGAAGUUGUUCCCCCAUCUCCGUGUGCACCUAAAAUGGAAGCUUUUAGAGAACAAAUAGACCAUUACGAAAAUCUGUUUAUGGAUAUAGAAGACAUGGAUUCUUUUAAAGUAUUUAACUCCUGGUUUCAGGUGGAUAUAAGACCAUUUCGACAAGCACUUUUGAAUACAGUGCGUAAAUGGGGUAACAUGUACAAAGAACACUUAGUAAAUAAUGUUACGUCUAGCCUUAUUGAUUUAGGGAAUUUCAUUCGUAAAGCUGAUGAAGGUCUUCUCCAGCCAGUACCUGAAGGAAACUACGAGGCCCUGGUUUCAGUAAUGGGUUAUCUGAUGCACGUUAAAGAUCGAACUAUCACAACUGAUGACAUGUUUCAGCCCCUCACGGAGACAAUUGAACUGCUCAAGUUUUAUGAUAUGGACAUACCUGAAGAAGUGAACGUGCUGUUACAAGAACUACCAGAACAAUGGCAGGCUACGAAAAAAUUGGCCUUUACUGUAAAGCAACAAGUAGCACCACUACAAGCAGCUGAAGUAGCCGGUAUUAGGAAGAAAAUAACUACGUUUGAUUUGCACGUAACCUACUAUAGGGAAGUCUUUAAAAAAUACGAGUUUUUUAAAUAUGAAUGCGAUAAUCCGUAUGCUGUAAUGUCAAGAGUUGAUAAGGAAAUGCUGCAUUUGGAAGAAGAAAUGAGAGGCAUCCAAGAAUCCGGUUCACUCUUUGAAGUCAAUGUUCCAGAAUUUAAAUUAUUGAAACAAUGUAGAAAAGAACUACGAAUGCUAAAGCAACUUUGGGAUUACGUUUACAUAGUGAGAACAAGCAUAGAAGAUUGGAAAACGACACCAUGGCGUAAAAUUGAUGUAGAAAAUAUGGACAUUGAAUGCAAGAAGUUUGCUAAAGAGAUAAGGUUGCUUGAUAAAGAAAUGAGGAGCUGGGAUACGUAUGUCAAUUUAGAAGCAACAGUGAAAAAUAUGUUGACAUCUCUAAGAGCAGUUGCGGAGUUACAAAAUCCUGCAAUUAGAGAAAGACACUGGGAUCAGCUGAUGAGGACAACUAAGAGCUUAGCUGCAUUGCCACCUGAACUCACUGUACGAAUAGUGAUGGAUUUAAAUACUACAUUAGCAGAUCUACUAGCCUUAAAUCUUCAUGAAUUUGAGGAGGAAGUGAAAAACAUUGUUGAUAAAGCAGUGAAAGAAAUGUCGAUGGAGAAAAUAUUAAAAGAUCUCAACACAACUUGGAGUGGAAUGGAGUUUGAACAAGAAAUACACUCAAGAACUGGUUGCGUCUUACUAAGGGCCAGCGAAGAACUUAUUGAAACCCUUGAAGAAAAUCAGGUGCAACUUCAAAACUUAAUUACGUCAAAAUUCAUAGCGCAUUUUCUUGAAGAAGUUUCGAGCUGGCAGCAAAAGCUAUCAGUGGCAGAUCAAGUGAUUACAGUAUGGUUUGAAGUGCAAAGAACUUGGACUCAUCUUGAGAGUAUAUUUAUGAGUUCUGAGGAUAUAAGAAAACAGUUACCUGAGGAUUCCGCAAGAUUUGACAGAAUUGAUGCUGAAUUCAAACUUUUAUCAAAAGAUAUGGCGAAAACGCCAAAUGUUGUCGAAGGUACUAAUAAAGAGGGGCUUGUAGCGAUUCUGGAUAGUUUACAAAAAGAUCUCGUCAUAUGUGAAAAAGCAUUAGCAGAAUAUCUAGAAACAAAAAGAUUGGCGUUUCCAAGAUUUUAUUUUGUAUCGUCCGCUGAUCUCUUGGAUAUUUUGUCAAACGGAAAUCAAGCUGAACUUGUUAUAAGGCAUUUAACAAAACUUUUUGAUUCAAUUGCAAAACUUAAGUUUAUCGAUAGUGAUAAACCGGGUGAGAAGGUUGCAUCUGGGAUGAUAGCUAAGGAUGGUGAACUCGUUCCUUUUCAUGGAUCCUGCGAUUGCACUGGUCCUGUUGAAAUAUGGCUCAAUCGAUUACAAGAUAUUAUGAGGUCAUCUAUUCGUCAAUAUUUUGGAGAAGCGAUCGUAUCCUAUGAAGAAAAAUCACGAGAACAAUGGUUGUUUGACUUUAUGGCCCAAGUAUCUCUAUGUUGUUCUCAAAUUUGGUGGACCUCUGAAGUGAAUAUUGCGUUUGGAAGAUUAGAAGAGGGAUAUGAUAAUGCUCUAAAAGACUAUUAUAAAAAACAAUUGUAUCAACUCAGUACUUUAAUUACUUUACUAAUUGGAGAGCUGAGCAAACAAGAUCGUCAAAAGAUCAUGACUAUUUGCACCAUAGACGUACAUUCAAGAGAUGUUGUGAGCAAAUUGAUACAGGGGAAGGUGGAGACUGGCUCAGCAUUUCAAUGGCAAUCGCAGCUUAGACACAGAUGGGGCGAAAAAGAAUCACACUGUUUCGCUAAUAUUUGUGACGCUCAAUUCACAUACAGUUACGAGUAUCUAGGAAACACACCAAGAUUAGUUAUAACGCCUCUAACAGAUCGAUGCUACAUUACACUAACUCAGUCUUUGCAUUUAAUAAUGGGUGGUGGCCCAGCUGGCCCGGCUGGAACAGGCAAGACCGAGACAACGAAAGACCUAGGAAGGGCAUUAGGCAUAAUGGUCUAUGUUUUCAAUUGUUCUGAACAAAUGGACUACCAGUCAUGUGGAAACAUUUACAAAGGUUUAGCUCAGACUGGUGCAUGGGGGUGUUUUGAUGAAUUCAAUAGAAUUUCCGUUGAAGUAUUGUCUGUAGUAGCAGUUCAAGUGAAAUCAGUUCAAGAUGCUAUAAGGGAUAAAAAAGAAAAAUUUAAUUUCAUGGGAGAAACUAUAGUCUUGGUUCCUACAGUAGGAAUUUUCAUUACUAUGAAUCCUGGAUAUGCAGGUAGAACAGAAUUGCCUGAGAAUUUAAAAGCUCUCUUUAGACCAUGUGCUAUGGUCGUACCAGAUUUUGAAUUAAUUUGUGAAAUUAUGUUAGUCGCUGAAGGAUUUCAGGACGCUAAAAUCUUGGCUAGAAAAUUCAUUACCUUAUAUACUUUAUGCAAGGAAUUAUUGUCUAAGCAAGACCACUAUGAUUGGGGAUUGCGAGCGAUCAAAUCAGUUCUGGUUGUAGCUGGUUCGUUAAAGAGAGGCGAUCCUGGAAGACCCGAAGAAGAAGUUUUAAUGAGAACAUUACGUGAUUUCAACAUACCAAAAAUAGUUACCGACGAUAUGCCUGUAUUUAUGGGUUUAAUUGGUGAUUUGUUUCCUGCUCUUGAAGUUCCUAGAAAACGAGAUUUAGAAUUUGAAAGAACGGUCAAACAAGCUGCUAUGGACUUGCUUUUACAACCAGAGGAUAAUUUUAUUUUAAAAGUGGUUCAAUUAGAAGAACUUCUAGAAGUUCGCCAUUCUGUAUUUAUUGUUGGUAAUGCCGGGACGGGUAAAACUCAAGUUUGGAAAAGUCUUUUCAAAACUUACCAGAACCUUAAAAAGAAACCGAUGUUUAAUGACUUAAAUCCUAAGGCAGUAACUAAUGAUGAAUUGUUUGGAAUAAUUAAUCCUGCCACGAGGGAAUGGAAAGACGGUUUGUUUUCUGUGAUAAUGAGGGACCAGGCAAAUAUUGUCGGUGAAAAUCCGAAAUGGAUAAUAUUAGAUGGAGAUAUAGAUCCUAUGUGGAUUGAAUCGUUGAACACGGUCAUGGAUGAUAACAAAAUUUUAACUUUGGCUAGUAAUGAGAGAAUCGCUCUAACACCAAGCAUGAGAUUGAUGUUUGAAAUUUCCAAUUUACGUACAGCCACACCAGCAACUGUAUCAAGAGCUGGUAUAUUGUAUAUUAAUCCGCAGGAUUUAGGAUGGAAUCCGUAUGUAACAAGUUGGGUAGAAACAAGAAAAAUACCAGCCGAGAAGUCUAAUUUGGUUAUUCUUUUUGAUAAAUACAUUCCUCCUUGCUUGGAUAAUAUAAGAAACCGGUUUAAGAAGAUAACGCCUAUAGCCGAUAUGGCUCACAUACAAAUGCUUUGUCAUUUGCUAAGUUGUUUAUUAGUCCCUGAAAACACACCUCCAGAUUGUCCAAAAGAGUGGCACGAUAUAUUCUUCGUUUUCGCUUGUGUUUGGGCUUUUGGAUCUGCUAUGUUCCAGGAUACUAAUGUUGAUUACAGAAUAGAGUUUUCCAAAUGGUGGGUUAAUGAGUUUAAAAAUGUCAAAUUUCCAACUGGUGGAACAGUUUUUGACUAUUAUAUUGACCCUGAAACCAAACAGUUUACACCUUGGACUGAAAAAAUUACUAAAUUCGAAUUAGAUACUGACGUUCCUUUACAGGCUGUGCUGGUUCCAACUGCUGAAACAAUUCGAGUUAGAUUUUUUUUGGACUUACUUAUGAAAAAUAAACAUCCAGUAAUGCUAGUAGGAAGCGCUGGUAGCGGCAAGACUGUACUAGUCAAUGAAAAACUUCAAAGUCUUUCAGAAAACUACGCCAUACAAUCUAUUCCGUUCAACUUCUACACAACAUCUGAAAUGUUGCAAAAGAUUUUAGAAAAGCCUUUAGAAAAGAAGGCAGGUCGAAAUUACGGCCCUCCUGGGAAUAAAACUCUCAUAUACUUCAUAGACGACAUGAAUAUGCCCGAAGUAGAUCCUUACGGAACUGUACAACCUCACACUAUAAUCAGACAGCAUUUCGAUUACAAUCAUUGGUAUGACAGAACCAAAUUAACUUUAAAAGAUAUCCAUAAUACUCAGUACGUGUCCUGUAUGAAUCCAACAUCUGGUAGUUUCACAAUUAAUCCCAGACUGCAAAGGCAUUUUUGUGUGUUUGCAAUAAGUUUCCCAAACAGUGAUGCUUUGAAUAACAUCUAUCAUUCGAUUCUGAGUCAGCAUUUGGCCAACCCUGAGUUAAGGAUAAGUGGACAAGUUGCCAAAAUAUCAAGGAAUGUGGUCACAGCAACAAUAGCUCUUCAUAAUAAAGUUUCACAAGUGUUUCUACCUACUGCUAUAAAAUUCCACUACAUCUUCAAUUUGAGAGACCUAUCAAACGUUUUUCAGGGGUUCCUAUUUAGUACGAACGAAUGUUUGGUAAACCCUUCAGAUUUAAUACGACUUUGGCUUCAUGAAACCCAUAGAGUUUAUGGAGAUAAGCUGACAGAAGAUAAAGAUAUAGACGCUUUUCUGAAAAUGCAAGUUGACCUUUGCAAGAAGAAUUUCGAGGACAUCGAUGAAGGAUAUGUAUUUGAUCGGCCGAAUAUCUUCUGCCAUUUUGCGGGAGGCAUGGGUGAACCAAAAUACAUGCCAGUGUUGUCCUGGGAACAACUCAAUAAACUUCUAACUGAGGCUUUAUCGAGUUACAAUGAUCUCAUUGCUGCUAUGAACCUUGUCCUGUUUGAGGAUGCAAUGAUGCACAUCUGCAGGAUCAAUCGAAUCCUUGAAAGUCCCCGCGGCAGUGCACUUUUAGUAGGAGUAGGAGGUUCCGGCAAACAAUCAUUGUCCCGUUUAGCAGCGUUUAUAUCGAGUUUGGAAGUAUCUCAGAUACAACUGAAAAAAGGGUAUGGAGUAUCAGAUUUAAAGCAUGAACUAUCUGGCUUAUAUAUCAAGACAGGUCUAAAGAAUGUUGGCAUCAUGUUCUUAAUGACAGAUGCUCAGGUUGCCAACGAACAAUUUUUGGUAUUGGUCAAUGAUUUACUAGCUUCCGGUGAAGUUGGUGAUCUAUUUCCAGAUGAUGAAAUUGAAAAUAUACUAGCUGGUGUUCGAAAUGAGGUUAAAGGAGCAGGUCUACCUGAUACUAGAGAAACAUGUUGGAAAUUCUUUAUUGAUCGAGUCCGUAAACAGUUAAAAGUGGUGCUGUGUUUUUCUCCCGUGGGGUCGACCUUGCGGGUGCGAUCUAGAAAAUUUCCCGCUUUGAUCAACUGUACAUCUAUAAAUUGGUUCCAUGAGUGGCCACAGGAAGCUCUCGUGUCAGUCUCAAUGAAGUUUUUGGAGGAAUUACAUGCGUUACCCAUAACCCUUCGAGACUCUGUCUCCAGAUUCAUGGCAUAUGUACAUACAUCAGUCAACACAAUUUCUAAGGCAUAUUUAUCAAAUGAACGGCGUUACAAUUAUACAACGCCUAAGAGUUACCUCGAGCAAAUCAGUUUGUAUGCAAAAUUGGUAAACAAUAAAACCGAGGAGCUUCGUGCCAAAAUAGUCAGGUUAGAAAAUGGCUUAGAAAAAUUGAGAAGUACAGCAUCACAAGUGGAUGAAUUGAAAGCUAAAUUAGCAUUGCAAGAAAUCGAGUUAAAGCAAAAGAAUGAAGCAGCUGACAAACUCAUUGAAAUGGUCGGAGUUGAAACUGCUAAAGUGCAAAGCGAAAAAGCGCUAGCGGAUGAAGAAGAAGAACGAGUAGCAGUCAUAGCAGAGGAGGUAUCAAAAAAGCAAAAAGAUUGUGAAGAAGAUCUUAUAAAAGCUGAACCAGCAUUGGUUGCAGCACAAGACGCUUUAAACACAUUAAACAAAGCGAACUUGACUGAACUUAAGUCUUUCGGGUCACCUCCAGGAGCUGUUACUAAUGUAACAGCGGCUGUUAUGGUAUUGUUGGCACCUGGCGGUAAGAUUCCAAAGGAUCGAAGUUGGAAAAAUGCCAAGAUGAUGAUGGCAAAAGUAGAUGUCUUUCUUGAGGCACUCAUAAACUACGAUAAAGAAAAUAUUCACCCCGAUGUAAUUAAGGCAAUUCAACCCUACCUCAAAGAUGCUGAAUUUGAACCAGAAUUCAUUAGAUCAAAGUCAGCGGCGGCAGCUGGUCUUUGCGCCUGGGUAAUCAAUAUUAUCAAGUUUUACGAAGUAUUUUGUGACGUAGAGCCUAAGAGGAAAGCACUUGCAGCAGCUAAUGCUGAAUUGGCAGCUGCUUCAGAAAAGUUGAAAGCUAUAAAGUCAAAAGUUGCGUCUCUAGAAGAGCAACUCGCCACAUUAACAGCAGAUUUUGAAAAAGCAACAUCCGAGAAGGUUAAAUGUCAAAAAGAAGCAGAUGCUACGAACAGAACAAUUCAGCUAGCAAAUCGUUUGGUCAAUGGCUUGGCUAGCGAAAAUGUUAGAUGGGCUGAAGCUGUGUCUAUUUUCAUGCAGCAGAGUACGACUUUGCCGGGAGAUGUGCUUUUAGUGUGCGCAUUCAUAUCCUAUGUUGGGUGCUUUACUAAAACAUACAGAAUGGAUUUAUUGCAUAAAAAUUGGCUAGUCUUUUUGAAAACUCUAGAACCACCUAUACCUAUCACUGAAGGAUUAGAUCCCUUGACGAUGCUAACAGAUGAUACUACAAUUGCUAUGUGGCAUAAUGAAGGUCUUCCUUCUGAUCGUAUGAGUACAGAAAACGCAACCAUACUGUCUAAUUCUGAUCGCUGGCCUUUAAUGAUAGAUCCACAGCUUCAAGGAGUCAAAUGGAUAAAACAAAAGUACGCGGAUAUAUUACGGGUAAUUCGGCUUGGUCAAAAGGGCUACCUUGAUACGAUAGAGAAAGCUAUUAUAAAAGGUGAAACAGUUUUAUUGGAAAAUAUUGGAGAAACGGUUGAUCCUGUAUUGGAUCCACUUUUAGGGCGGAAUCUAAUAAAAAAAGGAAGAGCUAUCAAAAUUGGUGACAAGGAGGUAGAAUACAGUCCAAAAUUCAAACUAAUUUUGCAUACAAAGUUAGCAAACCCUCAUUAUAAACCAGAAAUGCAGGCGCAAACUACUUUGGUAAAUUUUACUGUUACUCGAGACGGGCUCGAAGAUCAACUUUUAGCAGAAGUGGUUAAAGCAGAGAGACCAGAUUUAGAAGAGUUAAAAGCUGAUUUAACGAAGCAGCAAAAUCGAUUCAAAAUUCAAUUGAAGGAGCUAGAAGAUGAUUUGCUAUCACGUCUUUCGUCGGCGGGUGGUAAUAUUUUAGGUGAUACUGCGUUAAUAGAGAAUUUAGAAAUUACAAAAAAGACAGCUGCUGAUAUUGAGAAAAAGGUAGCUGAGGCCAAGAUUACAUCUCUUCAGAUAGAUCAAGCUCGUGAGUUUUAUAGACCAGCCGCGGCUAGAGCCUCACUUUUAUACUUCAUUUUAAAUGACUUGAAUACCAUUAAUCCCAUCUAUCAGUUUUCUUUGAAGGCAUUUAGUGUCGUGUUUCAAAAGGCAAUAUCCAAAGCAGAACCAGCUGAGGAAGUAGACCAAAGAAUGAAAAAUUUAAUCGAUUGCAUUACAUAUUCAGUAUUUCAAUAUACUUCAAGAGGUCUAUUUGAAUGUGACAAGCUUAUUUUUGCAUCUCAAAUGACUUUUCAGGUCCUUUUAAUGAGUGAAGAGUUAACACCAGUUGAAUUAGAUUUUUUCCUACGUUUUCCGAUAAAGCCACAUGUAACAAGUCCUGUAGAUUUCCUUUCUAACACAAGUUGGGGCGGAAUCUGUUCGUUGGCUAGUAAAGACGAAUUUAGGAACUUGGAUCGAGAUAUUGAGACUUCUCCUAAAAGAUGGAAGAAAAUUGUGGAAAUGGAAUGUCCUGAACGAGAAAAGUUUCCACAGGAAUGGAAAAAUAAAACAGCACUCCAAAGGUUAUGCAUGUUAAGAGCUUUACGACCUGAUAGAAUGACGUACGCUGUUGCAACAUACAUUGAAGAAAAAAUGGGAUCGAAAUAUGUUGAAAAUCGAACUGUAGAGUUCAGCAAAUCAUUUGAAGAAACUAGUCCAACCACUCCUAUAUUUUUUAUUUUGUCUCCUGGAGUGAAUCCACUUAAGGAUGUUGAAGCUUUGGGUAGAGCUAUGGGGUUUACGGCUGAUAAUGGAAAUUUUCACAAUGUUUCUUUGGGUCAGGGACAAGAAGUAGUUGCUGAGCAAGCGAUGGACGAAUCUCUUAAGAAAGGACAUUGGGUAGUUUUGCAGAACAUUCAUCUAGUAAAGAAAUGGUUGCCAAGUCUAGAGAAGAAGAUGGAAAGUUUUGCAGGAGGUUGCCAUCACGAUUUCAGAUUGUUCAUGUCAGCAGAACCAGCUGCUACGCCAACUGCACAUAUAAUACCUCAAGGUAUACUGGAGUCAAGCAUUAAGAUCACGAAUGAACCUCCUACAGGCAUGCAGGCAAAUUUACACAAAGCACUUGACAAUUUUAAUCAAGAGACCCUGGAAAUGUGUGGUAAAGAAGCAGAAUUUAAAGCGAUUCUCUUCUCUCUCUGCUACUUCCAUGCUGUAGUUGCAGAGAGGAGAAAGUUUGGGCCUCAAGGGUGGAAUAAAAUUUAUCCUUUUAAUAUUGGUGAUCUAACAAUAAGUGUCUUCGUAUUGUUUAACUAUCUGGAAGCAAAUUCGAAAGUUCCUUGGGAAGAUUUGAGGUAUCUCUUUGGAGAGAUCAUGUAUGGUGGUCACAUUACUGAUGAUUGGGAUAGAAGAUUGUGUAAUGCUUAUCUCGAAGAAUUAAUGCAACCAGACCUGGUUGAUGGUGAACUACAAUUGGCACCAGGUUUUCCUGCGCCUCCUAAUACAGAUUACGUAGGGUACCAUCAGUACAUAGAAGAUGCAAUGCCUUCAGAAUCCCCUUAUCUGUAUGGACUCCAUCCUAACGCCGAAAUUGGAUUCUUGACGACAACUUCAGAAAAUUUGUUUAGGACUAUAUUUGAAAUGCAACCACGGGAUGCGCAAGCUUCUGGAGCUACAACAGUGACAAGGGAGGAUAAGGUGAAGCAAAUGUUGGACGAAGUGGUAGAAAAGUUGCCCGAAGAGUUCAAUAUGGUAGAGAUAAUGGGCAAAGUUGAGGAAAGGACGCCCUACGUCAUCGUUGCUUUCCAAGAAUGCGAACGUAUGAAUUAUUUGACUGGAGAAAUGAAGCGGUCAUUGAGAGAGUUAGACCUUGGGCUUAAGGGUGAAUUAACAAUUACAUCGGACAUGGAGGAAUUAGAAAAUGCUCUCUUUUUAGAUCAGGUUCCAUCAAUUUGGACUAACAGGGCAUAUCCGUCAUUACUUGGUCUAUCAGCAUGGUUUGUUGAUUUACUUCUUCGUCUACGUGAACUUGAAACUUGGGCAACUGAUUUUGUGUUGCCGACGUCUGUGUGGUUGGGAGGGUUCUUCAAUCCUCAGAGUCUGUUGACGGCCAUAAUGCAGAGCACGGCAAGGCGCUACGAACUGCCCUUGGACAAGAUGUGUCUGCAGUGCGACGUCACCAAGAAAAUGAAGGAGGACUUUACCAUAGCAGAUUCUAGAGCUGCUCCGAAGGACGGGGCAUAUGUGCAUGGACUUCUGAUGGAGGGUGCUCGGUGGGACAUGCAUGCGGGCAUCAUAAUGGAUUCACGUCUCAAGGAACUGUUCCCGCCUAUGCCAGUUAUCAACAUUCGGGCAAUAACUCAAGACAAGCAGGACUUGCGCAACAUGUACGAAUGCCCGGUGUACAAGACGCGAACGAGGGGUCCGACCUACGUGUGGACCUUCAACCUCAAGACCAAGGACAAACCAUCUAAGUGGACCCUGGCAGGCGUUGCUUUGUUAUUGCAGAUUUAAUUUGUAACAACCUUUAAUAGAGCAAAAUGUAUGAAGUAGGUAUUUAGACCUUCUUAGCAGACCCAAGAAGAUAGACCUAUAGUGAAAGCAUAAAUUUUAUAUUAGGUAGUUAUAGACUUUUAGACUGCUGAAAUAUCUGCCUACUGAAAAUCAUUCUGUGGCUUGGGAGACAAA